AUGUUGCGACCGGAAUCGCCACUUGCUGAUCAUCGCAGCUUGCUGCCGAGACGACUGUUGCCCGCGAAGGCACAAAUCGCGCCAGCCGACAAGCGGAAGAACCGAAGGUCUCUAGAACUCAAUCCCCCAGCGAGCGACCAUAGUCCAUAUGACUAUCCUAAACUUCUCAUUUCGAAAACGACAGAUUCAUUGAAUACAGAAUGCCCUCGAAAGCUUAUCAGCAAACAAGACUCCACUGACAGUUUAAAGCGUGCAUUGUUAUCAAAAGAUGAUAAGAAAACGGCUAUCAAAGAGUCAGAAAAGAAGGGUCAGAUCUCAAAACAGGACUCGAGUGAAAGUUUAAAGAAAGCACUCCUUUGUCGCCAGGAUUCAAAUGACAGCGUAAAGAGAAAAGAUGUUGAGGCUAAACGAUCGCAGAAAGACGAAGUAAAAAGAAUUAAUGAGAUUAAACGAGGGAGUGACAAGAAAGGGCUACUGGAGACUGACAUCGACGAGCCUUUGAAACGAAUUUACGAGAGACGGACAGGAUGUGCGCGUCCAACGUUACCUCCUGUCGCAGAGAAAAGUGCUGUGUCUCCGAAUUCUCCGAAUGGAAGUCCAAACACACCGAGUGUGGCGGCAGUAGCUGAAGGUCUUGCGCGUUGGGGUAGUGGCCUAUUGUCCCCACGUGAUGAGCCCCGCUUAAAAGCCGCUAGAAGCUGGUAUGGUUAUGGAACUUUGCCAACUGACAGCGAAAAGAUGGGAGCAGGCGCGAACGGGCCAGGAGGUAGACGCGCCUUAGAACUUAUUUUGAGUGGUGGACUCAAGUCUCUGGCGAGGCCGUCAAAACCAGUGCGACGAGCUGCCUCUAGGGACUCGGUGCUGUCGCAGCCGCAGCCCCUGCUUGAAGGUUUAAGAAAAUGCUCGACUGUGCUCGCUCUAACAGACCGCGAGAGGAGCUCAGAGCCAAUCAGAGCACACAACAGGCUGCGCGCGCCCUCCGUCUGCUCCCGAUGUUCUUCACUGUUGUCCCUCGCCGGUGCUGGAGGCUCCAGGUAUUCCUUGGACGGCGCUGGCGGCGGUUUUGUCCCGGCUGCUCCCAUCAACUGCAAGCUGUGCUUAGAGGAUGCGACACCAGAUAAGAUCACCAUAAUAUCAGGCUGCGGUUGCUCUUUCUGUACCAAGUGCAUGAAGGCGUACGUCGAGUUUGAAGUAUGCAAUGGUGCGUACGAAGUGUCGUGUCCUGACGCGAGAUGCAGAGUUGGUGCGGCGCUAACACUAGACGAAAUAGCCGCAUUGGUAGAGCCUGCUGUUAUGGAGAAACAUCUCAAGUUUCGACUUAAUCAUGAAGUGGCGAUGGACUCCGGUCGUGCGUUUUGCCCUCGCGUCGGCUGCGACACAGUCGUCAACGUUCGAGCCGCCAGCCCUGCACACUGCCCGACUUGUCGCCACGACUUCUGUUCACAGUGCAAUCAGGAGGUAAGAGUAAACACAUGUUUCGUUAUCUCUGAAGGUUACCUUACCUUAUUCACAUUUAUUAAGAUGUAUCAACUGGUUGUCCUCCUAUCGCUACGAGACUUCAUAACCAUUGAAAUGUCACACACAAAGCGUUAUUAA